UAACGACUUGUCGUCUUGAAAAUGCCUGGCCACACAGUGGCCGGCCGGAAGUAAUUCAUUUAGCCGUGAGGUGGCGUUCUUCAGUGUUUGACCCACAUCAAAGAUGUCUUCUGCAAUGUUUUCGUUCUGCACUUUGGUUUUGUUACUGGUUUCCCUUGGCGUUAAUGGCCAAGCUCCGAAGCGGAGGUUUGAAUACAAGAUGAGUUUCAAAGGUCCCCACUUGGUGCAGCGGGAUAAUAGUGUGCCUUUCUGGGAAUACUUUGGAGAUGCCUUGGCUGGGGACGAGGGUAUCAGAAUCACGCCGUCUUUGAGGAGCAAGAAAG